AUGUCGUCGACAAGAUCCAGCAUAAACGUCCAGCUCGCACGACUGCCUAUCGAACUUCGAGAACAGAUUGCUGAACACGUCUCCGCCCCUGAAACGACCAUGGUCACCCCAAUGGACAUAGACGCAUCGUCAGACCCCAGAAUUCCACCCGCUGAUGGUUCAUGCCCCCUACUGGCUCUGCCUAAAGAAUUGCGCCGUCGAAUCUUCGGCUGCGUCUUGCCGCCAAAGGACAAGAUCAUUGAGCCUUACCAGACACCUGGUCAGCCCCAGGCCCCGAGAUCUGUCGCACCUGGCGCAGCUGCUGCGCCUCCCGUGCCUGUUGCGCCUCCUCUUCACACUCAUCUGCCUCAAAUAACACAAAUGCUUCAGAAUCAGAACACGCCCGCGCAAGUACUACAGCAUAUUCAGAAUGUAGCAGCUCAACUGGCUCAGAAUGUGGCGUCGCAACAAAACACACAACAAGUCGGCAGUACUGUUACCAGAUCGAAGGCUGCAAAAGCAAAGAAGGAGGCUGUUCUAGCUGUAGGUGACGCUCUGGUUCUUUGCAAGCAGAUUGCUGCAGAGAUUCUGGUCAUGCUGUACGAGGAGCGCACAUUCGCUAUCAACAUUCACGAGGGUAUCUCGCAGGGUGGCAUCGAGUUUCUCAACUCCGGCCGCCAGCGUCUGCAAUACCGUGAACACUUCACCCAGGUUCGUUUCAAGCGCUUUGAGGGUCCAGAUGACCCAUUUGGCUUCUCGCGCAUCAAGCGCCUGAUGGUUCGCAUCUAUCCAGCACCCACCGCAGCCUCAGAUCAGAAGAACAGUCGUCACGAUGUUAUGCACACGCACUUUAUGAUUCGUGCCCUCGUCAAGCUCCUCAAGCAUGACGGCAACUUCGGCCUCAAUCGCCUGCAGAUCCGCUUUGUUGAGCCUCGAAGCGCCUUCUGGCGACCAUAUCCCUGGCAAAACACGACUGACUUCUCUCUUCGCAGCUCGUCGAUUCAUGGCAUAUCGAACAUCGAGAUUAUCUUGCGCGGUCUAUUUGAGCUACGUCAAGUCCAUACCGCAGCCUGCGAAUUGCCCCCGGGCCUAUACAGAGACAAAGGACUCAGCGACUUUAUCGACCGCUUACUUGGUGUAAUCACAAACAAGCUCCAUCCCAGCACUAUGGAUGACGAGAUCGCCGUCAAGAUCGAGAGCGCAAAGGAUAUGUUGGACGACUGGGUCCAUACAGCCAUGUUCAGUACUCAAUUCUCAAGAACCAUGACUGCCAAACUCGAGGACUCUGAUUUCGACGAUUUGAAGGAAGCCGACCAUUUCAGCUCCUAUCCAGAUGAGGAUGACUAUCCUGAGCUGCCCGCUCGUACGGACAGAAGAAAGGGGCUUGCAGUCGGUUGUUAUUCGCCUGAACUCCACGAUGCCUACGAAGAACGUAUCACAAGCAUGGAUGAUGAAGGUGUGGAAGGUCGGGAUCCUGGUUUCCAUGUUCUCAAGAACAGAAUGUCGCUGUCGGUGGGAAAGCGCUCCAGUGAUAACAGAUCUGGUCGCGCCUGCUCGUCAAGACGCUCAGAACGUAGCCCGCCGCUCAGCUCUUCCAGUCGUGAAAGCAGUGGAGGAGCCUCACUUUUGGAAAUGAUAUCCAUCAAUGAUGAAGACACCUUGUCUAGCUUGAAUUUGCUGUUUGACGCCAACUCAGCCUCGGUUAAGCACCGCAGAACUCAUUCGUCAGUACAACGUACCAACAACCAUGGAUCCGUUGCUAAGCCGGAACUACGCAGGUCCGAAAGGGUACGCGCACGCAAUGCUGCCGACGAUACCAGAAUGAUCACCGACGGCGACACAACUCCCUCGCCCGAAAAAUUCGUUCCUUCUUCAGGAGCCAAAAUUCCUCGUAGAAUUCUCUCAAGAGCCAAUGGAUCUGAUGUCUCAUACUCUGACCGCAUCGGCCGUAUUAUGCGCCUUUUCAAAGACGAUGACACUGAUUCAACCUCCAGUCUUGCAACCAUGACACCAACACAUACCGCCGCACCUUUGGCCUCCAUCAACAGGCUAGUCUCUGGAUCUAAGAAUCAGUCACUAUCAGAUGUGCUCAAUCAAACAGCCGGCAAUAGCACUCAGGGUAACAAAGAAUCUGAAAGCUCGAAGCAAAACAUGUCCGAAGACCUGAUCGACCUUGAGGACAACGAGGAGGGUGACCUUGGGCUCAAGUCUAACUUCCUGGCAUGA